GUUGGGUGAAGAGUACCAAGACAUUAAUGAUAAAUUGCUGUCUCCCCCUGCUAACACUGCAGAGUUAAUGGCUCUGAAAGCUUUUGUGGUUGAAGUGGAAACUGUUAUUUUACAUAAUAUGGAACUUAAACUUCAAGGAGUUAUGUCAUAUAUAAUCUUACUCUCCGACUACGUGUUGAUGAAUAGUUCAGAAAUGAAGCAGAACUCAUGCACAUUUCAAUGGUACUUAAGGUUGCCUCAAAUUUUCCAAGAGAAUUGUUUCUUAGUCGAAACAAAAACCGUCGAAUUUCAAGAUUUGUUGAUGAACCGGAUCAAAGUUUUUAGACAAGAUUUGAAAUUUUAUGCAGAGCAAGUGGAGGAAUUUGAAACCUACGGAGAUAUUAAUGAGUUGGCCUCUUACCUGAAAAAAGCUCGAAGUCUUGAUAAGCUUCUGGCAGAUGGCUUGGAAACAAUCAAGUUAUUCAACGUAGAAGAAUCAGCUUUUGGUUGGCAAGAGUCUCACUAUCCCGUUAGGAAGCAG